AUGGGACAAACUAAAUAUGUGAUUGUAGCAGUGGAUUAUUUCACCAAAUGGGCAGAGGCUGAGCCUAUAGCAAAGAUUACUGAGCAGAGGAUAAAGGAUUUUGUCUGGAAGAACGUCAUCUAUUGGUUUAGCAUCUUGCACACCAUUGUAUUCGAUAAUGAGAAACAAUUCGACAAUGACAGAUUUAGGGGCAUGUGCCAAAGGCUCGACAUCGUCAACGCCUACUCGUCGCCUCGUCAUCUUCAUUCCAAUGGCCAAGUGGAAGUUGUGAAUAAAAUCAUCAAGAAUCAUCUCAAGACAAAGCUGGAGAAAGCUAAGGGCAAUUGGGCUGAGGAACUCCCAUUUGUUCUGUGGGGCAUACAGAACCACAGCUCGAUCAACUACAGCAGAGACCUCGUUCUCCCUCUCAUACGGCUCAUAGGCCGUUGCCCCGGUCGAGAUAGGACUCCCCACUACUCGGGUACAGACCUAUCAAGAAUAUUAGAAUACUGA